CAGUGUCGUAGUAAACGUGAUAGUCGGAUAGAGCGGCAUGUGUCACGUUCCGGUUUACAUUUAUGUUUCUUGUUGAAUGUAAGCAGUUUAAACAUUUAUAAUAUUCUGUGUGAAUAACAGUGAUUAUAUUAGGAAGACGUAACAUAUGGUUAUGUGUUCAAAAAUAUUAUGCCUGCUUCUGGGGGAGAUCCAGUGAGUACAGCACUUCGCUUGUCCUUAACAAGUGAACGCACUGGAGAUCUUGAAAAGCGGUUAGUGGCGUCCUCGGCGAAUGUCCUCCUGUCUCAUAUAGAAUAUGAGUCGUCGGGCACCUUUAAGUCUUCUAUGUUGGAUACUUUGAAGGGAAAAUAUACUGUGCUACGCACUGGUGGGCCCAUUUCGAAUGGCAGUACUUGUCUGAAAUCCUGUAACAAAAAAUUAAGCGACGAAAUGAGGCCUGAGCCAGAUGCUGUGCUUCCUACUCCAGAGAGAACUCUGUUCCCAGCGGAAAAAGUGCAGCUGGGAUGGCGGGGGACUUUUCCAGUUGGAGCAGGGAUGAUAAAUAUGGGGAAUACCUGCUACCUGAAUUCCACAUUACAGGCACUAUUCCAUGUUCCCGCUCUAGUCAACUGGUUGCAAAGUGAUUCUGGUCAUCUUGAAAAAUGUUCCAUAAAUGGCGGCAUUCAAAGCGAAUGCAUUAUUUGUGCCCUCAACAAAACAAUGAAAGCGUCUCAUAAUAAAGGUGCCGGUAUCAUCAAACCACUUCUGAUAUACAGUAAACUGAAAACAAUAUGCAAACAUAUGAAUCAAGGUCAGCAAGAAGAUGCUCAUGAGUUUAUGCGUUACCUCAUUGAAAGUAUGGAGAAGGCAUACUUGCUUCGGUAUAAGGUUUACAAGUUGGACAACUACAGCAAAGAAACAACUCCAUUGAAUCAAAUAUUUGGUGGCUACAUUCGAUCAGAAGUGACAUGCUUGCAGUGCCGUGCAGUUUCCACAACAUUCCAGCACUUUCAGGACCUCCUCCUGGAUAUACGGAGGGCCAGCACGUUGGAGGAUGCUCUCUCUGCAUAUUUUACACACGAGAGGCUGGAGGGUGAUGAUGCUUAUAGAUGUGAAAGAUGUCAUCGGAAGGUACCUGCAAACAAGAAAUUUUCUCUUGAGAAACCUCCAAUGGUCCUCUGCAUACAACUUAAAAGGUUCAGCAUGUUGGGUGCUAAAUUGAAUAAGCAUGUUGAAUUUCCUCAGCGGUUGGAUCUCACCAGGUACCUCUGUCCACAGUCACAGUACCGUGGAGGACAGCCUUUGACUUACAGAUUGACAUCACUUGUUCUCCACAUGGGCUCAUCUGUAAACUGUGGUCACUACACAGCUGUUGCCCAGACAUCCACUGGUCACUGGUACCAAUUUGAUGACAGCUCAGUAAGACCUAUAUCACUAAAUUCAGUUCUUGAUAUGAAUGCAUACAUAAUCAUCUAUGAAAUGGAUAAAUCUGAAGCAAAUAUACCUCAGACACAGCCUGCAGUGUCUACAAAACCUGCAACAGUUACUUCUGUGACAUCACAAAACACUCUUACAAAUGGAAGUACAGGCUACAAGACAAACUUACAACGGCUCGUUAGCCCUGCAAUGAUUCCUACAAGUGUAAAGGCAGCAUCUCAGACUAAUGGCCUGUUAAAUAACCACAAGCCAGCAGCCCCUGUUACAAGCAAACUGUCCCCUGUUAAAAGCCCUGUGAAAGUCACAAAAACGGAAGCCCCCAUUGCCAUAAAUAAUGUAUCUAGUCCAGCUCCAUCAUCCUUGAAAGAAAGGGUACACUCGUCACCACUGCCACAGAGCUUGGUUCCAUACGAUCCCGGUGACUCCACCGGUACAGAUUCCGAGCCGGAGGGAGAUGGAGCAGCCAGAGACUCCAGCUCCGGUGGUCCUGGUGAUGACAGUUCGGUCCCCAGCCCCCCCUCCAACAGCCCGACCCCACCCCCGCCCCCUGUCACAACCGCGGCUUCCACCCCUACACCCACUCCCAGCCCCAGACGUACGUUACAAAUCCCCCGCGCAGGUUGGCAAGUGACGGAGCAGGGCAUCUGCACGAAGCCCCCUCCACCCCCUGCCACAUCUGCUCCCGUAGCAGCUGCAACCACAACGUGGUGCGUGUCAUCUCUUUCCUCUGCCAAGGACUCGACUCCGGGGCCACCGCAGCAGCCCCAGCGGCCCGUAUCUGUGCCUUCUCAGUCAGAUCGGCAUUGUAAUGGCAGUCGGAACAACAGCGAUGACAGCCCGAGACUACAUCGAGACGAAGUCAGAUCCAUAGUUGGUAAGGAAGUAGCCAAUGGAGAUGAUAGAGCAUCCCCUAUUCAUCGAUCACGAAUUCCUCACACUGUUGUCGUUCGGAUGCCAAGAGAUGAACGAUCUGAUGGUGAUAGCAGGCCAAAUAACAGUGGAAAAGGACCAAGUCAGAUGUGGGAUGGUGCUGCCAGAACAGAAAUCACUGGCAAACUGAAGCACUUGUCACACCAAGGCUAUGCGGGAGCACAAGUGACUAGUUGGGGUGGUGAACGGAGCUACGUGGACAUUGAACUGGAGAAAGAGCGUGAUAAGGAACGCAAGAGGUCUUUAGAAAAUUUGUAUGAUGAAGAGCUCGACAGAGGAAGGGCAAAGAAGAUGAAAUUCAACAAUAACAGCAGCUCGCAGCACAAUUCCCGACCCAAGUACAAUUCGUUCCAGCAGUAUCACAAUGAGAAGAUUCGUUGGAAUAACUCUGGCAACAUGUUCAGGCCACAGGUCUAUUACCGCCCACACCAUUCACAUCCUCAUCCCCCACCAUACCAUCACAAGGGAUUAUAUUACAAGAACCGUGGUGGCCAUUCCUUUCACAAAUUCAAUGGUAGUGGGAGAUUUGGUGGUUCAAAACAAGGGUCUCGUUGGCAGCGCUGACAUCUCUCCUGUAGAGGAGAGAUGUACCCUCGAGCAGAUAUCUCAAUGGAUGUAAAUAUUUUUCUUUUUCUUCAGUACCUUUUAUUUUUACUCAGUUGUCAGGCAGUCACAUUGUAAAUUGAAGUGUUUUUUAAGCUGUGACAGUAGAUGUUUUAAAUGUAUUAUAUGAACUUCAGUGGAAUAACAGAUUUGAUUGUGUA